CCCAUCCUUGUAAAUGUGUACAUACACGGACACACCAACUUGGCCGAAACAGCUGACCAUGAUUUCUUUGUUUUUUGUUUUAUAAAUAAUUGACAGUUGGUUUGAAAUAUUAAUUAAGAAAUCCAUAGGCCACAUCUCUUCUUCUCCCAUUAAAUAUCUAUGAUAAAUGUGGUUUUGAAAUUUUGUCGGUUGUAUUUGCAUUGUUGUAUGAAAUGGAUCCUUUAAAAAUACCAGAUUCUAUUCAUAAAAGGAUUCAAUACCUUUUCACUAAACUGAGCUCUAGUCAUUCAUCAGUCUGCUAUCGGGCAUUGACAGAACUCAGAACUGAGUUUAUCCCCAAACCUCAGUUUUUGACCAUUUUUAUUCAAGCUGGAGGUUUAAAACACAUUGUUACACAGUUGGAAAAGUCCAACAGGAAGAUUGUUGAUGUCAGUCUCAGUAUUUUAGGUCAUUGUGUUUUGGAACAAGAACCUAGAAUCAUCUUCCGCAAGGAAGGAGGCCUGCCCGUUCUUGUUCGAGUUUUACAUUCGUUUGAAGACGAUACUGCCAUUCUUAGUAGGGGUUGUCGAGUCAUCGGCACGCUUGCUCAUGAGAAAUAUAUUGCUGCUAUAUUGGUGAUAGAGUUCUCAGUUUAUCAUACUGUAGGACAAAUAAUGGAUCGUUCGGUUGACGAAGAAAUUUUGAGCAUGGCAAUUCGAGCGAUUCAUAACCUUUCUGAUUCCAAAGAAAACGUUGAAAUUCUUGGAAAAAAUUACAUCUAUCCGAAGCUUUCAAAUUUGUUAAUGAAAACAGAAAGCUUGAAUAUUCAAAAGAAACUGUUUUCUACUCUCUCGCACGUAUAUAGCUACAUGAAGCGCUUCUCCGAAACUGCUGCUCACUACUGGACUGGAUCUGAAAAUGGAGGAAAACUAAUUGCCAAAUUCGUAGAAUUAAGACUCAGCACUUCAGACGUUAUUGCAACCAAGGCACCUCAGCUUUUAUAUCAGUUGGUUCAAGAUAAAAAUGUGCGGCCAAAAUUAGCAUCAAAAGAUGCUUUUGAAGCUCUUAUUCCGAUUGUAAAAGAAGAAAAAGAAUUGGGGAAAUGUGGAACGACGGUUUAUCUCAGCAGUCUUUUAUUACUAUGCCGAGAAGAUCCACACAUAUUUUCUGAAGUCGGUGGUAUCAAGAUCCUUCUUGGAUUGAUUCGUGAAUCUGAUCCAUUUUACGCAGGGGCAGAAGUAUCAUCACCUUUGCAUUCUCAGCGGUUUCGAUCCCAGCACAACAACAUCUUUAGUACUUUACUGGCCUUUAAAUACGAUACGAGUGCUCUGGCAGAACUGGUUGAGGAAGGAUUGGUGGAUAUUCUCACUUUAAGAAUUAUUAGAUAUACUGAUAUGUGUCGAUCCGGCAAAGUUGAACAUACAUUAUCCCGAAAUCGCUCACAAUCAAUAGAAGAUGAAAUAAAUCCUUCGCCCUUAGAAGUCACUUUUGAAGAGUCUGCAGUCUCUCGCCAGAGUCCUGGUCAUCCCGGAUGCAAAAUGCGAUGCCGAUCAAGAAAGCAGUAUCGCACCACUAGUCCCAGUUAUCAAGCGGUCGAAAUGGAGUAUGACCAGUUUUUUCGGUUCAGAGAGUCAAAUCAGGAAAAUCCGGCUGCGCUCAACAUUUUUGGGUGGAAUCCUGAUAGACCGAUUGACAAUGAAACCAUAAGCCCAUCUUCCAGUCCUAGAUCCCAAAGCAUUUCUUCAUCCCCGACUCAUUCUCUCUCAACGUGGUCAGAUUCCGGGUCAGACUGCGAUGGUGGCUCCGAUUAUUCAUCGGGUAAUGCCUCUCCAGCUUUCAGCUCUGGUUAUCCAGCGAGUCCCGUCUCAGACAACUCCAUCAGUCCAGUUGGUUCACCUCCUUCUGAUUUUAUGAGUCCACUUCGUCCUCCGACACUGCCUUCUUCGUCAGAUUUUGAACAGUCAGACGAAGAAGAAUUGGAAGAUCAAGCAAUUUGUUAUUCUCCGGCCAAUGUAGACUUCGAAAUUGAUUCCGAGAGCGAUGUUGGUGCUCUUCCCUCUAGUCCCACAUUGUUGCCGUGCAAGAAGCGAGCCAAACUUUGCCAAAGCGAGUCGACUGAUCGGAGAUAUUGCUGCGAUAAAGAUCUUAAGAUGUUGUGGCUAAAAUUAGGACUAGCAGACAACAAAGAUUUUUACGAAAAUUGGCCAGAUUUCGUGGGCCGGCAGUCGCAUAAUUUACACCAACAAGAAGUGGCCUUAUAUCUUUUACUCAAACUCAGCUGGCUGAAAAAAACACCAAAACAAUUGACCAAUCGGAAGACCGUCAAAGCAAUCAUUGAUUAUUUAGUAGAAACUCCAAGACCUACGUUUCGAGCCUGUCAAAUCCUUUUCCGUCUAGCCAGCUGCCACAGCUUAUUUGUGGAUCUUCUUUUGCGGUCCCAUUUCCCGCUAGAAAUCUAUCUAGGAUUGAACCGACGACUUACUACAGUCCAUUGCUGCCCACUACAUUCGAGUCUUCGCAGAGUGGCUGAGCAGAUCCUUGAUCAAAUGGCAGCUAUUGUUGCACAGUUUGGUCGCGGUGAAAUCGAGCAUAUUUUAAUCAAGCGUGCGGACGAUCUAGAAUCAUCUGGAGUUGUGGCCAUGGCCGCUCCUUUGAUUGUGAAAUCUAGGUGUCUGUUGCGACGAUAUGUGAACGAUCUCCAAAUCCUUGAUACCAUUGGCAAGCAGUUGCGCUCACCUGAUUCUAGAGCUUAUGCAGCCGCUUCCCUUUCUUCCCUCGGUUCAUUUCUUAAAAUGGACGAUUUUCUCAGUCCUCGCACUGUCCUCGGCGAUCUUUUUAGCCAUGAGCCUUGUCAAGUAGCCGAUGCAAAAGAGGAUGUUUUCUUUCUAAUAUCCUGCCAACAGAUUGGUGGAAUCAAGAGUCGCUUACAAGGUGCUAGUUUUUUCGAAGCUAUGUUCCGUGGAGGAUUCCAGGAAUCUCAAACUAACGUUGUACCACUUGUUGACAUACAAGCACCAGUGCUCAAGGUUAUACUGCAUCUUAUUUACGGGUGUGGCUGCCAAUGCAGUAUUAUACGAAGCAUUGAGCGUUUGGUGAAUUCUGACCGGUUGGCGUUAAGUCUUUUGGAAUCCCUUGAUCGUUUUCUGUUGCUUGAACAAUUAGAAGGUAUCAGCAAUCUUAUUGCCAGUCAGGAUUGGAUCAGUUCUCCAAACAAUUUCAUUGCCCUAUGGACGUCGUUGGACAGCGGCUUCGCGUUCCUUGCGAAAUUAAAAAAUCACUUGCAAUAUUUUCCGUUUUCUAACGCGGCUGACUUUGAUUCCCGAUUUCAGUUAAUUGAUGCAAUUCUUCAAACGGAAACAGCUGACGAAACCAUCGGAAUUUGGAAAAAAAUGUUUCUUUCUAGAAUCGAAGAUAAAUGAAUUUGUCUGACAAGAAUUCGCUAUUAUUCCUCACCAACAAUUUCGGUCGUUUAAAUCCGUGAUUGUAAUCUAAUCUAAUAAUCUUGUUUUCUGUAUGAUACAUAAAAUAGACUGUUUCACAAAAAA